AUGAGACCUCCAGUGGUCCUUAUUCUCAUCGCUGUCUCCACGGCAUUGGCCGGGAGUAUUCGCAUCAAGACGUUGGUAUUCCCCACUCAGACAAACACCAGUUUUGUUGAGAUGGUUCCUCAGAAGCCGUUGAAACUGACUGCAUUCACUCUGUGCAUGCGCGUGGUCACGGAGCUCAGCGGCAGGCGAGGGAUCAUCCUGUUUGCGUACCGGACUAAAGACUAUGAUGAGCUGAAUGUGUGGCGUGAACUGGAUGGAAGACUGUCCUUUUACCUGGCUGGAGCUGGUGUUUUAUUUAAAGUCCCUGAGCUCAGCGCCCUGCAGACCCACCUGUGUGUCACCUGGGACUCCAGUUCAGGUUUAGCUGCACUCUUCAUGGAUGGAAACAGGAGCUUAUCCAAAAUCUACAGGAAGGGUCACACUGUCAGCCCAGGAGGCAGGGUCAUCCUGGGACAAGAUCCAGAUUUUUAUCUGGGUGAUUUUAAUGAUCAGCAGAGUUUUGUUGGAGAGAUCAGUGAUGUGAAUAUGUGGGACUUUGUUCAGUUAGAUAGCACGAUCCAGGGCAUGUUUGCAGGGAAGAGAGUAUCAAGAGGGAACGUUUUUGACUGGGAAACUACAGAGCUGAGAAUUUACGGGAAUGUAGAGGUCACCAUUCGUGAGCUAUACACUCGUGACUGUUUCCCUGAAGAAGACGACAUUUGA